AUGAGGACUGCUGUUGCUGUUGUUGCUGUUGUGGCGGUUGCGCUGCUGCUGUGUUCAGUGGUGGUGGACGGUGCCAAAGGGAGGAGGAAAGGACGACGCGGGCUGUCCAGCGCCACGGAGAAGGCCAAACACAAGUGCACGACAUGCAGGCGCAUCGUGGACGACUUCUUCAACGGCCUUGAGAAGACAGAGAACGACAUUGAGUUUCGCGGCGAGUCAAAGGGGUGGACCAAGGACAAUGAAAAGUUCCUCGGAAAGUACGCCAUGAAUGAGGCGCGGAUGACAGUGGCACUCGAGGGCGUUUGUCAGCAAGACUACAAAUGCACGGAAGUGUUUGCGGAGUUGGAGGAGGACAUCGAGGACUGGUGGACAGAGGAGCGGCCAGACGACACCACCACCCGCGAUGCUCUCAUAGAAUGGCUCUGCAUUGACAAACACAAGUACUGCUGCCCGGCUGGCACAUAUGGCAAGACAUGCAAGCCAUGUGCUGGUGGGGCUGAUACGCCCUGCUCUGGACACGGAACGUGCAGCGGUGAUGGUUUCCGCCACGGCAACGGAAAGUGCAAGUGCACAGAUAACUUCACGGGCCCCACAUGCAGUGAAUGCGCCCCAGGCUUCUACAUGAACGAAUGCGCAGCGGACCCGAAUUCGUGUUCGGACGACGUGAACACGUUCUGCAAGAACACGCCCGGAUCGUUUGAGUGCGCGCCGUGUGAUGCGGCGUGUCUGGACGGAUGCUCCGGUGACGGACCACAACACUGCCACGCUUGUCGUGACGGUUACGAGCCCGCACCGGACGGCGGCUGCCGGGAUGUGGACGAGUGCCUGGAUUAUCCCUGCACUGAAGGCCAAGGGUGCGUCAACACGGCUGGCAGCUACCGGUGCGAGACGUGCCAUUCAAGCUGCGAUGCGAGCAGUGGCUGCUCAGGACCAGGGGCGUCAGACUGCACAGCGUGUGCUGCUGGGUUUGAGCGCGUUGAUGGAGCUUGCAAGGAUGUGAACGAGUGCGAGGAGUUUGUGUGCGAUCGGCCAAAGACCUGCACGAACGAGGAGGGCACUUACGCAUGCGUGUGCAAAGGCCCGGCGGUUGAGGUUGAGAAUGCAGACGGGACGGUGUCGUGCGCACUGCCAUCUUGGUUUCCCUUCCGAGCAAACGACGAUGAUGACGCUGACGAUGAUGAUGACAGCUCGGUUACCGUUACGCAGGAGCGCAUCGAUGCUGCUGAUGUGGACGCAUCCACGUCGCUUCAAGGCAACAUCACAGUUGGCUCCUCUGAGGGCAACAUGAAGCAGUUGAACGUGUCAUUUGAGUUGCCCCUCUUUGCCGACGCCGAUGUGACGCCAGUCAUUCGCUCCAUUCGCCCCGUCAACGAAUGUUGCGGUGAUCAGUUUGAGUUUCGGGUUGCACGCGUCACGCCCACCGGGUUUGCUGUCCUGAUCCAGCGAACAGACUCACAGCAGUCGUGGGGACAGGAGCUUGUUGCCGAGUACACAGCUGUGAUGGAGAAGCAGACCACCAACGACAACGCUCCCUCGAAGGACGAGUUGUGACACACACACACAGCACAACACACGUACACACACCACACCACAUUCACAAACACACUACAUACAUCCAACACACACCGCACCACAACCAGCCCAGCUCAGUUCAGUUCAACACAGCUCUUGUUUGUUUUGUUUGUGUUGUAAUUCUUGGAAUGAACACACCGCAACCAAAAUGAAAUGAAGCUGUUAAUCAAGUGAGAAACAAAGACCCACCAACGCAAAUUAAAAUCAAAAAGAAACA